UAACCACCCGAUGAUCCGAACUCCCGAGCAUAUAUUGCCCUCGGAUCUGGCGAGGCUGUUUGUGGGGUGCAUCAUCUCGCCUUCGGCACUACCACCGCCUUCUCGGUAGAUGCUCAUCACAAACCCAUCCUCAACCAGAAACACCACUUUAUCAGAUGCUCUCAUCCUCGACAUACCAAACCUUCCACCCGGAAUCAACACUUACCCGCUAAGUUGACCAAACUACCCCCCGUUAACCACCGACCGUAACCACCAUCAUCAUGGCACACAUCCACGACCUCGCCCCCGAAAUCUCCAACUACGCCUCUGGACGCCUCACCUCCCCAGACCGGGUCAAGUUCCCCAACACGCCCGUCUUCGCCUCCAUGAACAAACCCUCCCGUUUCGAAGGCGACAUCAUGGACCUGGAAUUCACAGGCACCAUCCCCGCCGACAUCAACGGGACCUUCUACCGGGUACAACCCGACCACCGUUUUCCCCCUCUCUUCGAGGACGACAUCCACUUCAACGGCGACGGGUCAGUCACCGCCAUCCGCAUCGCGGCCGGCCACGCCGACUUCAAGCAGCGCUAUGUCCGCACCGACCGGUACAAGGCCGAGACGGCCGCGCGGAGGAGCUUGUUUGGGAGGUAUCGUAAUCCGUUUACCGAUAAUGAGAGUGUCAAGGGGGUUAUCAGGACUGCGAGUAAUACCAAUGUGAUUUUCUGGCGGGGGAUGUUGUUGGCGACGAAGGAGGACGGCCCGCCGUUUGCCAUGGACCCGGUCACGCUGGAGACGCUGGGGAGGUACGAUUUUGAAGGGCAGAUUUUGAGUCCGACGUUUACGGCGCAUCCAAAGUUUGAUCCGGACACGGGGGAGAUGGUGUGUUUUGCGUAUGAGGCCGGCGGGGAUGGGGCGGAUUGCAGUGUUGAUGUGGCCGUGUGGACGAUUGAUGCGGAUGGGAAGAAGACGGAGGAGUGCUGGUACAAGGCGCCCUUUGCUGGCAUGAUUCAUGACUGUGGGAUUACGAGGAAUUGGGUCGUCCUGGCGCUGACGCCAAUCAAGAUGGAUUAUCAGCGCAUGAAGAGGGGCGGGAAUAAGUUUGCGUGGGAUCCGAAUGAGGAUCAGUGGUAUGCUGUUCUGCCGAGGAGAGGGGGGAGGAGUGAGGAUAUUACUUGGUUCAGGGCGGAUAAUGCCUUCCAUGGCCACGUUGCUGGCUGCUACGAGCUGCCAUCAGGAGAAGUCGUCUUCGACUUGACCGUCGCUGACGGCAAUGUCUUCUUCUUCUUUCCCCCGGACGACAAUAUCACUCCCCCGGAUGGCGUCGCCAAGCGGAACAAGCUCUCAUCUCCUACCAUGCGGUGGAUCUUUGAUCCCAAGGCGAAGAAGUCGCCCAUUCGUACCAAAGAUGCGGGCGACGCGGACGUCUGGGUUGCGGACGACCGUGUGAAGCCGGCAGUGGUGUGGCCCACCAACGGCGAGUUCUCCCGGAUUGACGACCGCUUUGUCACCAAACCAUACCGGCACUUCUGGCAGGCCGUCGUGGAUGGGUCGAGACCGUAUGACUUUGCCAAGUGUGGCCCUCCUGCGGGAGGAUUGUUCAACUGCCUCGGGCAUUAUACCUGGUCCGAGGAGCACUAUCACACUGCAGAGUCCGGUACCUCGGCGCAGAACGGCGCAGGGGAUGUUGCCAAGGGCAAGUAUGGCUUGGAGGAUGUCUAUUUUGCUGGUCCAACCAUGACUUUCCAAGAGCCGACUUUUAUUCCCCGCGAAGGGGGCAGCGAGGGCGAGGGAUACUUGAUCGCGCUGCUGAACCAUCUGGACCAGCUCCGGAACGAUAUUGUCAUCUUCGAUGCGCAGAAUCUGAGCAAGGGGCCCCUUGCUGUUAUUCAUCUGCCGCUGAAGUUGAAACUGGGCUUGCACGGAAACUGGGUUGACAAUCGUGAAAUCCAGGCGUGGCAGGAGCGGCGGGCUGAGGAUGGAGAUGUUGGGCCGGUGCAGGUUGCGAAGGAGCCGCUCCCGUGGCAGAAGCAACUUCAGGGGCAGAAUGGACUUGGGACAAACGGCGUGUCCCAUUGAAUUUGCUCCAGUGCAUUGGCGGGUAUCGACAGGCAAACACAUGUGGUUACCUUAUUCAAUGUUAGCACAUUCGCCGUAUUGAAGUAAUUAAGAUCCCUAAGGAAGUAGGCAAGAGCAGCCCGGCCC